UUUGCAGUGAUCAAAAUUCGUUGGCUCACAUUGGUUUUCACUUCUUGAUAUCCUAUCUUUCCUUCCCUCAGCAACAAAGCAAAAACGGUGCAUAAAAAAACAUGGCUCACGAGGAAAACAUAGUACGUUUUGGGAUACUAGGCUGCGCUGAGAUUGCCAGGAAAAUAUGCAGAGCCAUAAAUCUCUCUCCCAAUUCAAUUAUACAAUCCAUCUCCAGCCGUUCAACUGAAAAAGCAAAACAAUUUGCCAUAAAAAACAACUUGUCGGAGUUAGUGAAGGUAUAUGGCAAUUACGAGGCAGUGUUGGAUGAUCCAUCAGUGGAUGCCGUUUAUAUUCCAUUGCCAACAAGCCUUCACCUGAAAUGGGCUGUGUUGGCUGCAGAGAAGAAGAAGCAUGUGCUAUUGGAAAAACCCACUGCUCUAAAUGUCGAAGAGCUUGAUCAGAUACUUGAAGCUUGUGAAUCUAAUGGUGUGCAGUUCAUGGAUGGAAGUAUGUGGUAUCAUCACCCCAGAACCUCGUGGAUGAAAGAGUUCCUUUUGGAUCCUAAUCUCUUCGGUCAAGUUAAAACGAUCUACAGUUCUUCGUCAUAUUUACCACCCCCACAAUUUUUUGAGACCAACGUCAGAACAAAAGCAGAUUUAGAUGGCUUGGGAGCUUUAGGAGAUGCAGGAUGGUAUUGCAUUGGAGCUAUUCUAUGGGCAAUGAGCUACAAACUACCAACCACUGUUACAACCUUACCUGCAACAAAUUUAAAUUCCAAUGGAGUCAUCAUGUCCACAACUGUUUUCCUUCAUUGGGAAGAAGAGGAAACCACUGCAAUCUUUUACUGUUCGUUUCUAUCACAUGAGACAAUGGACAUCUCGGUUUUGGGAUCCAAAGGGUCAUUUCAUGUUGAAGAUUUGAUCAUUCCUUAUGAAGAGAUUUCAGCUUCGUUUAAGUUAACAUCAGGUGCGGGUUUUGCUGAUCUUCAUAUUGGGUGGAAUGAAAAAGAGAAAGAGGUCCAAGUACACAAUGAGCUUCCACAAGAGGCUUUGAUGGUUAAAGAGUUUUCGAGGUUGGUUAAAGGAAUAAAAGAAUCAAAGAUUAGACCGGAUACAAGGUGGAGUGGCAUCAGCAGAGCAUGUCAAGUUGUUAUGGAUGCUGCAAAAGCAUCUAUGGAUGGUGGUUUUAAGGCUGUAUAUAUUUGAUCGCUCACUUUCAAAAUAAAUGAGGAUUUUUGUUAAGAAAUGAUAGCUACUGUUUGAAAUAAUGAGUAAUAUAUAUACCUAUAAAUAUCAAUUGUUGUGUUUCUACAA